AUGGACUGUGGCUCUUGGGCUUUCGAUGAGAGGGGUCCCAUUUUUCAUUUUCCCAAGUUUGCCGAAUCCAAACGAGACACUCCGGUGGAGAGCCAUUUUCCAAGUGACGUCGUAAAGGCUGUCUUGGAGUAUGUUCAUCUGGGCGAUUCGGAUCUGUUGAAAGUGGAACUCGAUGGCAAGGGAAGCGCAUGGGACAAUGCUUCGGCAAACCUUCAUCUUGAAAUCCAACGUGUUGUCCAAUUGUCAGCUGCCGCCUUGUACUACGACUUGCCGGGGCUUGGCCGGCGAGCCCACAGCUGUGUCUUACGGCAACUACGACAGACACCGUCGCUGUCAUUCUCGAUUCUGGAAGCUUGCCAAGCAGAGGGUCCUGAUGCACUGGACGGGAUGAAAUCCAUGGCAUUGUCAGCGAUUGAAUCCAUGGAUGGCAUAGCAUCUUUGGAUCCAGCAUUGGUGGGUCUCUUGAGCUUUGAAACUCUUCAACAAAUUGUUGCUCACAAGGGAACUGGGAUAGAUGAUGCUAUGCGGUUUGAAAUCAUUAGACUCUGGUCUGUCAGUGGCGAAGAGCGCAACUCCAGCGCUAGCAAGCUUGUCGAGCAGCACGUACGUCUGGAAAUGCUUGAUCCCGAGAUGCUCUCCACAUCUGUUGAAUCAUCUGGUCUGGCAACGUCAUCACAGCUGGCCAAAGCUUUCAAAAGUUUAGCGUUGGCGGCCAAGAAGACAUACGGGGUCGACUUCAAAAAGGCUCGUCUUGACCAAAACCGCGAUAGUUGGAAAGCCACUUCGACCCGCAUUAGCCUGGAAGGUUUGGACACAGGCAUUGGGUAUGUUCUAAGCGUCCCACCUAUGACAACCCGCAACAAGAUUCACAAGUGGACCAUCAAGAUUGAAGAGGCUGGGGAAGAUUCCGUCCUGUGGCUGGGUGUCAUGACUUGUGGUUUCGAAUCUGUGAGUCUGAAUUCGUACUUGGCCGGUCACGAGUUUGCGCAUGGUUUGACAAGUGACAAGGAGAUGUGGUCAUUGGGAUCUUCUCAGCGCCUGUUCAGCACAACUCGAGAUUGCUUCAAGGCUGGCGACAUGAUCGAUGUGGAGCUUGACCUAACAGAAAGACCGCAUGUCGGAAAAUUUGAUCUCUGCUUUAGCCGAGGAAGCGAGCGGAUCCUUUCAAUCGCGAACAGUUUGAGACUCUUGGAGAACAAUAGUAUGUUGCCAGCAGUUUCGGUCAGCAAAGGCUCGUACGCAACGUUUCGAUUGAUCUCUUACAAUUGCAAUGCCUAG